GCCGGCGUCAUGGAGUCUGUGGAGAGUUUUGUGACCCGCCAGCUGGAGCUGCUGGAGCAGGAGCGCGAGGCGGAGGUGCAGGAGAAGAGGGCCUGGCAGGAGGGCGUGUCCCCCAAGGAGCUGCAGCGCCGCGGCGUGUGCCUGCUGAAGCUGCAGGUGGUGAGCCAGCGCACGGGCCUCUAUGGACGCCUGCUCGUCGUCUUGGAGCCCCGGACGUGGGACCCCGCGGCCGCCCUGCCCUCCAACAGCUUCGGGCCCGGUGACAUCGUGGGGCUCUACGAGAGUGCUCCGGAGUCCUCCCCGCUCGCCACCGGCGUCCUGACGCGCAUCACGCAGCGGGCCGUGACCGUGGCCUUGGACGAAGCCCAGGAGGGGGCGCCGGCCUUGGACCCCGGCGGCCUUUACCGCCUGCUCCGGCUGGCCAACGACGUCACCUACAAGCGACUCAAAAAAGCCCUCCUGGCCCUGAACCAGCACCGCCCGGGCCCGGCCGCGCCCCUCAUGGACGUCCUCCUCUGCGCUUCUGAGCCGAGCAGCCCCGCCCCCCCACAAACGCUGACGUUCUGCAACAGCAACCUGGACGCGUCGCAGAAAGAGGCCGUAGCCUUUGCCCUGGCCCAGAAAGAGCUGGCCAUCAUCCACGGCCCCCCCGGCACCGGAAAGACCACGACCGUGCUGGAGGUGGUGCUGCAGGCUGUGCGCCGGGGUCUGAAGGUCCUGUGCUGCGCCCCUUCCAACGUCGCCGUGGACAACCUGGUGGAGAGGCUGGCGGCGCAGAAGCAGAAGGUCCUCCGCCUCGGGCACCCCGCGCGCCUCCUGGACGCCAUCCAGCAGCACUGCCUCGACGCCGUCCUGGCCCGCAGCGACCAGGCCCAGAUCGUGGCCGAUAUCCGCAAGGACAUUGACCGGGUGAAGGGCAUGAAGACCUUGGACAAGAGGGACAAGAGCUGUGGCCGCAACGAGCUGAAGCUGCUGAGGAAGGAGCUGAGGGAGAGGGAGGAAGCCGCCAUGCUCGGGAGCCUCUCCUGGGCCGACGUCAUCCUGGCCACAAACACGGGUGCCUCCCCCGACGGCCCCCUGAAGCUGCUCCCCGACAACUACUUUGACGUGGUGGUGAUCGACGAGUGCGCCCAGGCCCUGGAGGCCAGCUGUUGGAUCCCCCUGCUGAAGGCCAGGAAGUGCGUCCUGGCCGGAGACCACCAGCAGCUGCCCCCCACCAUCGUGUCCCACCAGGCCGCCAGCGGGGGUCUGGCCCUCAGCCUAAUGGAGCGCCUGAUCGCGAAGCACGGGGACAAGGUGGUGAGGAUGCUAACAGUCCAGUACCGCAUGCACCGGGCCAUCAUGCAGUGGGCCUCGGACGAGCUGUACCACGGACAGCUCACUGCCCACUCCUCUGUGGCCGGCCAUCUUCUGAAGGAUCUGCCGGGGGUCGCGCCCACCGAGGAGACGAGCAUCCCCCUGCUGCUAAUCGACACUGCCGGCUGCGGCCUGUUUGAGCUCGAGGAUGAGGAUGAACAGUCCAGGGGGAACCCAGGUGAGGUCCGCCUUGUUAGUUUGCACGUCCAGGCUUUGGUGGACGCUGGCGUCCGAGUAGGUGACAUGGCUGUCAUCACGCCCUACAACCUGCAGGUGGACCUGCUCAGGCAGCAGCUUUCCCCGAAGUAUCCGGAACUUGAAAUCAAGUCGGUCGACGGCUUCCAGGGAAGAGAGAAGGAGGCGGUCAUCUUGUCCUUUGUGCGAUCCAACCGGAAAGGUGAGGUCGGUUUUCUGGCGGAGGACCGGAGGAUCAACGUGGCGGUCACUCGUGCCCGGCGCCACGUGGCCGUCGUCUGUGACUCUCGGACGAUCGGCAGCGAUGCCUUCUUGAAGAGGCUGGUGGAUUAUUUCACUCUGAGAGGCGAAGUCCGCACGGCCUUCGAGUACCUCGACGACAUCGUCCCUGACAACUACUGCCACGAAGGCCCCCAGAGUGGCCAGGCGGGCAGGAGGCCUGGAGACCCCGCCCGGCCCGGCCCCCGACCUCGCCCGGAAGGCCGGAAGGUCAAGGGAGGCCACAAGUCCGGCAGAAGCGGGACCCCGGGCCAGGCGCCAGAGGGCCCCAGACUCAAUGGCGAGGGCCGGCCUGGGGCCCCCGAGGGUGCCGUGGACUCCUUCAGAACCAGGAUCAUGGACUUUCUGGAGAGCAGCGAGACCCUGCUCGAGUUUCCCGCGUCCCUGAAUUCCCACGACAGGAUGCUGGUCCACCAGCUGGCCGAGGAGCACGGGCUGAAGCACGAGAGCGUCGGCGAAGGGAAGAAGAGGUACAUCUCUGUGCGCAAAAAGGGGGUCCCCGCCGUCCCCGCCCCGACUCCCGCCGCUGCCCCCGCCGCCACGGGGCCGCCUCCAGCAGGCACGGAGAGUGAGAGGCGGGCGCUCCAGUGCCCGGGCCCAGGACGGCCCGGCCUUUCCCCGGGGGAGCAGGACCCCCCCGGCAGCCCCGGGGCCAGUCGCAGUCAGAAGGCCCCUCACAGGCAAAGAGAAGAGACGGGGCAAGCCGGGCCUGGUCAGCGGCCCAGAGAACGCCAAGACCCUGCCGGCUCCGCGGCGCCGAAGGCGUCGGGAAGGAAGAAGGGAAAGGGGAGGAAAGGCCCCACAGGAGGAGACGGCGCAGUUGAGGAAGACUUUGACGCCCUGAUCUCCGCCACCAUCAAAGCCGACAACACCUGUGGGUUCUCUGGGUGCAAAGCCAGCGUGGUGACCCUGGGCCAGCUGUGCCCGCACUGCGCCCACCGCUUCUGCCUCCGCCACCACAUCCCUGAGGUGCACGGGUGUGGCGAGAAGGCCCGAGCACAGGCGCGCCAGAGGAUCAGCAGAGAAGGGGUCCUGUAUGCGGGCAGUGGGACGAAGGCCAAGGGGCCGGACCCUGUGAAGAGGGUCCAUCUCCAGAGGAGGCUGGACCAGAAGCUCGUGGAGCUGAGUAGCCAGAGGAAAAGCAAAAAGAAGGACAAGGACAAGUGAGACGCGGCGCCCCCAGCACCCCUGCUUUGGAGAGAAGGACCUGGGGCCCAGGCCCGGCUUCUGGGCAGUGGGUGCUGGCCCCGACACUCAGGGAAGGGGGGGUGACAAGGCGCAGCCGGACUGGGGAUAGUGAUGUGUGCACACAUGCACGUGCGAGUGUGAGUGUGUGAGCGUGUUUCUGCGUGUCCGCGUGUUUCUGCGUGUCCGCCACAGCAGCCGGCCGGCCUUCGGCACCUUCAGGUUUCUGGGCAUCAUCCUCACUGCUUGGUGGGAGCUGAAGGAGGAGAAACUGCCCCAAGUGAAAGGAACGAAAUAAAUAAAUCUCUAAAACA